AAGAUUCAUUUGACCAAAAGGAUUCGUUUGAACGAUUCGUUCGAUUCAAUAUUUCCUUACAUUUAUUUAGCAAAGCUUUGGGAAUCGGUUCGACUGAAACGAUUUAAAUAAAAGAAUGAUUCAGUUGAGUUCACUAUUUCACAGCGCACUGCUGCAUCCGCUCACACACCGGUUUCCGAUCUCAUUCAGACAUCUGCAUCUAUCGGUCUCAUUUCGUAAGAAGUCAGCAUACAUCAUCUCGUAACGAACAGGUCGUUUAAAGAUGUUGGCGUGCACUGAAAUGAUCACGAUGUGUCUCCAGUCGGCGAAGCGCGAGCAUCUGCGCUCCAAACAGCAGCAUCAGCACCAGCACAAGAUACAGGAUGCGGCUCACGGGCUGUCCAUCUUUCACGACAUUUUCCGUCGAGCUGAUAAAAAUGAUGAUGGGAAACUGUCCUUCGAGGAGUUUAAAGCUUACUUUGCUGAUGGGAUUUUAACAACCGAUGAGCUACGAGAACUUUUCUACUCCAUCGAUGGACGACAAACAAAUAACCUCGAUACAGACAAACUAUCAGAUUACUUUUCUCAGCAUCUUGGGGAAUAUCUGGAUGUUCUGUCUGCAUUAGAAAAGCUCAAUGUUGCUGUUCUGAAGGCAAUGGACAAGACGAAGGAGGAGUACCAGGAAUCAUCGGUUUUGGGUCAGUUUGUGACCCGUUUUAUGUUGCGUGAGACGUCUUCUCAGUUGUUGUCUCUCCAGAUGUCUCUGCAGUGUGCAAUGGAGGCUGUGGAGGCGCAAAGCAGCACCACUCCGGUUGAGGUUAAAGUCCCCGAUCAUCUGGCGAUUCAGAAGAACAACAGAAGAUGUGGUCGUCGAGUGCAGAAGAACAUGUGUCUGUCUCCCACUGAUCCAUACUCUGGCAUUCUCACUACAGGUGUUACUGUAGAUACAGAUGAACAUUGGUGCUCUCAAAUCAACAGACUUCAGCAACUCAUCGACAAACUGGAGUGCCAGAGUCCAAAGUUGGAGCCAUUAAAGGAAGAUCCAUUGGCCAGCACAUAUAAAUCUAACAUUCUGCUGGUUCAGAGGCAGAUGAUGGUUUUGGAGAAUGAUCUAGAAGAGUUUCAGAAGGCUUUGAAGACUUACGCUCAUUCCACCUCCAAUCAGAAUGACAAUCUACAUGUAUCCAUUCAGAAACUGCCUGAGAAAAGCUGCUACAUCAUAUAUGAGUUUUGGCAGGACCGUAUCUCCUGGAUGAGUUAUCUGCAGUCUGACAGCAGUAAGAUGUUUCAGCGCUGUAUUAUAGACCUGCUAGAGGAUCCAGAAGUGGUGUCCACCAUGCUCAUGCCAGCGUCCUGGUGGAUCAUGACAAACAACUAAAAACAACUC